AUGAUAAUAUAAUUCAGAUUUGUUUAGAUUAUUAUUAAUUGUUAUGUAAUAUUAAACUUUAUAAACUGUCACUUGUUAUAAAUAUUAAUUCGAAUGAUGAAUAAUGCUACCGAAUACCCAUCUCAAAUCACUGAGACCAUUCAAGGAAUCACCUUUUCAAGUGCAUUCGAUUCUGGUAAUCUAAAGAGUGUUCGGAAGGAAAACAGUGGAAGAUACAUCCUUAACAUAUCAAGUGAUUGGGGAAUUAAUGGCAAGACAACUAAUUAUAGAACAUGGUUUUAUUUCUCAGUGUCUGGGGUGAAUGAAGGAGAACUUACAUUUGUAAUAGCCAAUAUGUAAAACUAAAUGGGACUUUUCAAAGAUGGUAUGUAGCCAGUCUAUAGAAAUUGCCAUUCGUCUCAAUGGGAGAGAUUAAAAUAACCAUGUUAAUAUCGCUUAGUUCCAGAGGGUCAUUUUGAAAUAACUUUUAAGCAUUGUUUUCUUAAUGAUUCAACAGUUUAUUUUGCCUUUUUCUAUCCUUGGAGUUGUGAAGACAAUGAUAAUUUUCUAUAACUAUGUUAAGCUAUGUCUCUUUAGGUGCCUGAAAUAUAUUAUGAUAAUUCAGUACUGGCUUACUCUAGAGAAGGUAGACCUAUUAAUCUAAUUACAAUAACUAAUGGAUCAUCCUAAAUUAAGGAGGAAUCUAUACCUGGUUUAUUCCCAUAGAGUCGGCCUUAUCAAUUCAAAAAACCACACAUUUUUAUUUCAGCUAGAGUUCAUCCAGGGGAAGUGCCAGGAUCUUUUGUUAACAAUGGAUUAAUGAAGUAUUUACUCAACGCAUAUGAUCCUGCUGCAUAAGUGGCCAGAGAGAAAUUUGUUUGGUCUAUCAUUCCUAUCAUAAAUCCUGAUGGUGUUUAUAGGGGACAUUACAGGACUGAUUCCUUGUGUUAAAAUCUAAAUAGAUAUUAUCUAUCUCCUUCAAAAGAGGAUCACCCGACAAUUUAUGCGAUUAAAGAAUAUAUAAUGAGGCUUUAAAAUACUGAUAGAUUUUAUGGGUAUAUUGAUCUACAUGCCCAUGCUGGUCAUAAGGGAGUAUUUAUAUACGGAAAUUAAUUAUCAUCAUUAAGUUAGCACACAUCAAAUUGCAUAAUUCCAAGAUUGAUUAGCUUAUACUCGGAAAUAUUCGAUUAUGAUGCAUGUAACUUUACCGAAAAAAAUAUGUAUGCUGCAGAUAAAGGAGAUGGUUUAAGUAAGGAAGGUUCAGGGAGAGUAGCAUUUUAUAAGAUUUGUGGCAUUAUUCAUAGUUACACUCUAGAAUGUAAUUAUAACACAGGAAGAAUUACAAAUAUUAUGUAUGAAGAGAGUGUUAAUAAUUCGUAUACAGAUGAUUAAUUAGAUGAAAAUGUUGUAUUGGGAUCAGUCUAAACAUCUAAUCCGAAGUCUUAUUUCUUUACAAUUUAAGAUUAUGAACAAGUAGGAGUGGGCAUUGUGAAUGCAUUUAUAGAUUUUAAUCUUAUAAAUCCCAGGAGUAGAUUAUCAGCUUCCCCUUUUAAGACUUUAGCUAAUUUGAGAUCAUUUUUAGCUUAUAAUAUUAUGAAAACUAUGCAUUAUAGAUUCGAACCAUAUUUAAGGAAGGUUUUAAAGUUUAUAAAUAAUAAAGAAUAAUUGAAUAGGGUGUUGAAAGCUUUUUAUGAAUAUAUUUGCAAUGGAUAGAUAAAGGAUAAUUUAGAGGGUAACUUAGAUACUGUGGUUGUAAAACCAUAAACAAGAUAUUAAAAGGCUUAGGAAAUAAAGAAAGAAAAAAAACAACAAUAAUAGCAAUAAUAAUAACAAUAAUAAUAGCAAUAAUAAUAACAACAACAAUAAUAAUAAUAAUAAUAACAAUAAUAACAAUAUAAGUAAAAUUUCAGAAGAUCUUAGUAUGAAUAAAUUCCAGUUAAAUAAUACCCUUUUUCAGAAGUGGAUUUAGAUGCCAGGUAAAUGAGAACACAGAGCUAAGGCAAAACAAGAACCAAAUCUGAAACAAAAAAACAAUAAUAAGUGUAGUAGUAGUAAUAAUAACCAUUAUAAUAAAAACCACAAAGAGCAUUUAAAAUUAAAAGAAAUGUGAAAAUAUGA